AUGGAAGCUUCAACUCCAUUCUCAAACAUUCCUAAUGAAAUCAUUCCGCAUAUACUUUUGCAGUUGCCGAUGAAGGCUGUGAUCCGGUGCCAGUGUGUCUGUAAACAAUGGCGUUCGUUGAUAGACGACUCAGAUUUCAAGCUCUCGUAUUGUGGACAACGACGAGUGAUAAUCCUCUCCCUCGAUUCCAAAAGCCAGGAUUAUAAUUGGAAUUUCAGAUUCUUAUUAGUUAGAUCCACAAGCCAUGAUUCUGGUCUUCAAAGGCAUGAAUUGCCGUUCGGAGAGGCUGCUUAUCCAUUGAUUAAUCGUGCAAGUGACGAAUACCCUGUAAGUUCUUUGUGUUCUUGCAACGGGAUUGUGCUUUUGAUGGCUAAGAGAGAUAUUUUGUUGUGGAACCCGUCCACCAGGUGUUCGACAAAAGUGCUCGAGUCGCCAUAUCCGGAGAAGUCAAAUUCGGUUCUCCUUGGAGGGCUUUGCUACGACUCCUGCACAAGAGAUUACAAGGCCGUCCUAUCAAUUCGCCCCCUAAUAGGGCCAGGGCCGCUGGAUCGUGAAUUUGGCAAUCCAUUUGUCAUCUCUACAAGCCUCAACCACGAAGAGUGGCGACCAGUGCAGUUCCCUUAUAACUUGGAUUCUACCAGAGGCGGUGUGGAAUUUCACAAUACAUUUCACUGGUGGGCAAGUGACAUAGAGAAUUGGCAUUCGAAUAUGGAUUACUUCUCGGGAGGCAAUAGGAAUAGGAUUGUAUAUUUUGAUCCUGUGUGUGAUGAAUUUAAAAUCUUGCCCACUCCCGAACUGAGACAAAAUUUUCCCAUAGUCGGGUUGGGGGUUAUAGAUGACUGUUUAUCCAUAGCAUGCACGGUUCACAAACAGAAAAAUUCAAUACCCAUAACAAUCCAAGUAUUGAUUAUGAAGGAAUAUGGCAUUCAAGAAUCAUGGAUGACUGCAUUUGCUGUCCAAAUUAAUACUCAAUAUCCAUAUACUAUUGCGAGUUAUGGAUUAACAUUCUAUUCUCAGAAAAACAAUGCACAAGAAGUAUUAUUCCUUCAUGCUAUGAAUUGGUCCGAGGGGAAAGUAUAUGUUUAUGAUCGAAAAAAAGAUGAACUGAGGGAAGUGCCUUUGGAUUUCCCAAAGAACGACUCAGGUCGUCGUGGUAUAUGGUGUGUUAGUAUGUGUUUCUACGUUGAGAGUCUUGCUUCCUUGCCACUGCAGCCACAUAUGAUUAAUUAA